AUGAGUGCCGGCGGGCACGGCGUGAGACUCAUGAUGCGGCUUGCCUGCGCCAGCCGACGGCUCCCGAGAGCGAGCACCUUCAGUACGAUCGGGUGGCAUGGGGUGAAGAAGAUCACCAACCGGGCCAGGUUGAGGGCCCAAUGUGUGGCCAGCUGCCACACAGCGCCCGCCGCGCAGUGGCAGCCGCGCUCCAGGGCAGGCCAGAAGAUCAGGGCGGCCGCGUGGACAGGGGCGCAGGCCCCCGCGCGCCGCGUCCACGUGUGCGGCGGCACGGCGCGGCAGCACCUGCGAACCGCGACGCGCCAGGCCACAGCGGCCAGGCGCGCAGGCGCGGAGACCGCGCACAGCCAAACAGGCCACCACGGGGCCGCCGAGCGCGAGCAGAGCCAGGGCGGCCACGGAGAGCGCGACGGCACGGCGCCUGGGCGAGCUCUCGCGCGCCCCGUCGUCGUCGCUGGCGGCCUCGCCCUGCCUGCCUGA